AUGACGUUUCGACUAUCGCGCUCGACGCGACUAUCUGCUGUUAUUGCGAUAUCAACAUGUUUCUUUCUUGGGGAAAUUUCAGUGGGUUUCUAUACACAUUCGCUGGCACUUAUUGCAGAUGCCUUCCACUACUUAAAUGAUUUGGUGGGGUUUGUCAUUGCUCUGGUGGCAUUGAAGGUGUCAGAAAAGGAUGAGUCGCCAAAAGGCUUUUCAUUUGGAUGGCAACGGGCGCAGCUUUUAGGCGCAUUUUUCAACGGAGUUCUUCUGUUUGCGCUUGGGCUUAGUAUAUUCCUACAGUCUAUUGAGAGAUUUAUCGCCCUACAGCGUAUCGAGGACCCAAAAUUAGUAUUGAUUGUUGGGUCUAUUGGGCUCGGUUUGAAUGUAAUAAGUGCAUUGUUCCUUCACGAGCACGGACACGACCAUGACCAUGGCCACGGCCCGCCGCUGACAAUUGAAGAUGGGUUGUCACCCACCACUGGCAGUGAAGACGAACAAGACUCCAUCUCGAAGCAUCACGAGCACAAGCAUGUGGGAUCUGAAAAGCCCAAUGGCCCAAUUCAAACCCACUGCCACGAUCAUGGCCAUGGCCAUGGCCACAGUCACGAUCACGGGCAUGGGCAUGGGCAUGAUCAUGGUGAUUUAGGAAUGAUGGGAGUCCUCGUGCACGUUCUUUGCGAUGCGGCCAACAACCUCGGUGUCAUCGCAGCCGCUUUAGUUAUUUGGCUUGCCAAGUACGACGGCCGGUAUUAUGCCGACCCCGGCGUUAGCAUGGGCAUCGCAAUAAUGAUUAUUCUGUCAUCUAUUCCGCUUGUGCGACGAGCGGGAUCAAUCCUUCUCGAAAGCGCACCAACCGGCCUAGAUCUGGGGGACGUGCAACAUGAUCUCGAAAAGGUUCCCGGUGUACAAUCCGUUCACGAACUGCAUAUUUGGCGACUGAACCAGCGGAAGACCCUUGCAUCUGUGCAUGUUGUUGUGUCUGAUCCAUCGGUCGCCGCUUUUCUCCAAACAGCUAAAACAAUCAAUCAGUGUUUCCACGCCUAUGGUAUUCACUCUGCUACUUUGCAACCUGAAGUGGUCGCCGAUUUUAAGGAUGACGCUGUGCACCAUGGGGAGGAGAUGUUUCGGUGUCAAAUGCAUGGGCACAGCAUAGGCACCUUCUUCCUUCGCUACAAUUGUGACUGCAAAUUUUGA